CCCCUCCCUCGCCAUCCUGAAACCCCUACCCAAACCCAGCUUCACGAAGCGUCAAGUACUUCCCAUCACCAGCUAAAAGACCAUAAUACAAACUGUCUUUCACACUCACCCCCCGCGCCCUCCUCAUCGGCAUCACAAUCCUCUUAAUGGCCGCAACCAUGCCCCUCUUCCUCACCCGUCUCCUCCGCCCCUUCACCACGUUCAGCUCCCUCCGUCUCGCCCCCGACUCCUCCGCUUCCCUCCCGGCGGGCGCCGAGAAAGCCACCAUAGCAGCCGGCUGUUUCUGGGGCGUCGAACACAUGUUUCGGCGAGAAUUCAAAUCGCGAGGCCUCUACGACGCACGAGUAGGCUACAUCGGGGGCAACACCUCCUCGCCUUCUUACCGCGCGGUGUGCAGUGGUGCGACGGGGCAUGCGGAGGCGCUGCAGGUGACGUUUGAUCCCGAGAAGGUUUCUUAUCGGGAGUUGAUUGAGUUUUUUUAUAAGAUGCAUGAUCCGACGACGAGCAACGCGCAGGGACCCGAUCGCGGGAGCCAGUAUCGGAGUGGGAUUUUUUGGCAUGAUGAGGGGCAGAAGGGUGUUGCGGAGGAGGUUACGAGGAAGGUUAAUGAGAAGUGGUGGAAGGGGAAGGUUGUGACGGAGAUUUUGGAGGCGGGGGAGUGGUGGGAUGCGGAGGAGUAUCAUCAGAAGUGGGUUUUUCCUGGAUAUACUAUUUUGCUCGUAGACACUUGGUGUUUCGGUGGAAAAGUAAUUGAGAUGGUUGCUAACGUACUUCCCAGGUAUUUGAACAACAACCCUGGUGGUUACGAAUGUCCAAGUCACUUCUUGAGGAAGUUCCCACCUUUGGAUUAAACACUCCAUUGAAGGCAGAUCAGAUAUCUGGACUAGGUGGUGGAGAUACGAGAGACUGGCAACGGGAUUGCGGUUGAUUACGGACUUCGGUUUUAUGAAAAAUUGAACGGUAGCGGGAGAUGUAAUGAUAAGAUGACAAACCAAAACAUACAGUACCUAGACAAAUUCCACAAUUUUCGCGAG